CACAUCUAUAUAUAUCUCAUUGAUUAUCAAUAUCAUAAACCUUUAUCAACGAAUGUUAUGUAGUACUUUGCCCUCUUCCUUUUUUAUUAUAGUUUUAUAAUCGGACGAGAGCCUGGUGGAUUAGCUUUUUGUCAUUAUGAGGUUAAAAUGUUUUGAAUAAUUCAAUUAGAGAGCCAUAUACAGUAAAAUUUAAAAACGAUACAUUGAUUAUAAUUUCAAACCGUUUUAAAAGUCAAUACAGUUCUACAAAUGAUGCAAGAAUCUUACCCAAUAAUAGCGAAGGUGCCAACCCACAUCUUAACUUGGGGCAAGUGGAUUGAAGAGUCACUUGGCAAAAACAAAGAAAUUGUGCUAUGUAUCACUGGAAAUCCAGGAUUGCCCGGAUUCUAUACAAAAUUCCUUUCCACGGUGUACGAAUGUCUUGAUAAGAAGAUGCCCGUAUGGGUUAUUGGUCACGCCGGUCAUGACGAGGCUGCUGAGAGUCCAUACAAAAAAGCCGUCCCAUCUAUUAGGAACAAUGAGAACCUGUACAAUCUCAACGGCCAGCUGCAGCACAAAAUCGAAUUCAUUCGUAAAUAUGUGCCACAAGAUGUAAAAAUACAUCUUAUUGGACACUCGAUUGGAUGUUAUCUAGCACUAGAAUUGAUCAAAAUUCCGGACAUAAGCAAACGAAUUCAGUACUGCUAUUUUCUAUUUCCAACAAUUGAACGAAUGGCUGAAGCUAGAAACGGUUUCAUUUUAACCAGAAUCGUUAAACCAAUCUAUUUCAUAAUAGAAUGGUUCUAUCGAUGUUUUGCUUUACUUCCCAACAUUAUAAAAAUUUGGAUAAUCUACGUUUAUUUCCUGUUCACUAGAACUCCAAAGUAUUACCUAGGGACUGCGUUAAAGUACACCCAUCCUGCUGUUAUUGACAAGGUUUGGUUUAUGGCCAUGGACGAAAUGAAGCAGGUUCGCGAGUUGGAUGUAGAAACGAUAAGAUUGAACAAGCAUCGCCUCAAAUUUUACUACGGCGCCACUGAUGGUUGGACUCCAUUAAAAUACUACCAGGAACUAAAGCAAAAAAUUCCAGAAGUCGAUGCUGAGCUGUGUACAAGAAAGUUUGAGCAUGCAUUUGUUUUACGUUCUGCAGAUACCAUGGGUUUUAUGGUCGGCGAAUGGAUACUUAAGCAAACGCUAGGUCAUUAGGUGUAGAGUUACUAUAUUAAGAGUUAAGCGGACACAAAAGCCGGAAAACUGCCAGCUCUUAUUUCAGGAAAAAAAACACUGGCAUCCCAUGUAAAUGUUCAAGCUCUUGCUUAAUAAUUUCAUUGUCGUCGUAAGUAAGAACUUUACAUGCACGAAUAGAGAAACCAAUUCGAAGAUCUGAUGAUAUGAUUUCAUACUUGUGCGAAUAUCUCUUCUUGUUACAGAAAAAAAUUGGUUCUGAUCGUUUCUCUACACUCGAUAACACAAGACAAGAGUAAAAUAGUUAUAACCAUAAUCACAAUACCUUUUCCAUAUACAUCCAAAGAGAACAUGUUAUGUGACGUCAUGCUCGAUUGAUUAUUUGACAUGUUCAAUUGGCUCCGCUCAGUGUCUCCGCCUAACUAUGAAUAUAGUAACUAUAAUUAGGUGCCCUUACACGACUGAUGACAAUAAAUAGUGUCAUUAUUAAGCAAUCCCGAAUAAAAUUUAAUAAUAGUA